GUCAUGGGCCCAGUUCUUGUAUGUCCUGGAACAUAGCCCAUAUUCUGUGUUUACAGAAUUAGGUCAUCUUUUUUUCUCCGCUGUCUUUCAAAUUGAACGUUUUUUUUUUCUCUCCAAAUGACGCGUCGUUUCAACAAAAGGUUAUUUUGGAUAAAUAGUAGUUAGUUAGCAAUACAACUAGUUAGCAACUGCUUAGUUAUAGUAGCUAGUAGUAAGCUCGUAGAUUUAGCACAAGCGGGAAUGGCUAGUUAGUUAGCUUCGUCGAUAUGCAUAAAAGAAGCUAGGCAAUUUUGCUAGUUGUAGUUGAGUUUUUUUAUUUUAUUUUUUAUUCUAGUCAACUAGCGAGCAAACAUUCAAAACGGAUACUAACAAAUUGAUUGCCUUGCUCAAGUAUGGGGAUGUGCUUGCCGUGCCUUGGUGGAGCUGGAGACGACGUGGUACCGACACCAGACCCAGAGACGAGGAGACGUCAGCUAGCAGAGGCAGCUGAGAAGAGACAGAAAGAGACAACCUACAGGGGUGUCAAAAACCCAGAAGCAGUUGAGAGAAAGAAAAAGAAACAGGAGGAGAUGAACAAACAAGAGAUGACCACGUCUCCGUCUGGAGGGGGAGGAGGGCUGAAGUGGCAGGUGGGCUAAAGAUCGACAGACAUGGAGAGAUGUAUGAAAGUCUCAAUCUACACUGAGGUUCAGUCAACAACAUGAAGAGUAUUGGUACCAGUUGACUUGAAAAUGCCUUUUUGGCUGUCUGUCCUUCUAAAAAUGUUUUAUUUUAAAUACAAGCUUUUUCAGAGGCAGUAGGAUAGUUUGCCAUGCUUCGCCUUGGUAUAAAGAAAGGCUCUGCUGCUCGAUGUUGGCCGUGUGUACCGCAGUACAUGCCUCCCCUAAUGCCAAGAUGUACAAGAGAUCUGGAUCUUUGGAACGGACAGGGGGAUCUGUAAUGAGGGUGAUUUUCGGUCUACAGAGGCGGCUGUAGGAAGUCCGUGAUGUGAUGGCAGCUUCAUGUCGUCAGGAGUUGGGUGCUCAGUGCUGCAGUCUGGUUGGUCAAUCUGAGACCAUGUGACCGGCAGUGAUCCAUCGGCCCUCUGGUUCCAUAGACGGGAGGGGCUUCCCACAUACUCCCAACAUGUCAAGGGGAGAUUACUGCCCACAGCUAGUGUUAUCCAAUAUAUGUGCUAUGUAUCAAACUAAGCAUUGUAUGUGGGCCAAAUCAUGAGCUAAAUCUUGUAGUGAAUCUGGAGAUUGGCCAAAUUCAAGAGACUAGACUGGUUUAACCCUGGAUUGUAAAACUGAAAUGGUACAUUUAAUGAUUUAACAGCAGCUGGGGUGGUGAGGUCUGUCUGUAACGCUGCUCUGGUUUCUUGAUGAUCAAUUUGUUUAGGCCCUAGUUUUAGCACACCUGGGCUACAGUCCAAACACUUAAGACGCACCCUACCCCCUUCAGCCCUCAUCAAGUGGACACUUCUGAUAACCUAUAAUGAUGAUCAAUGUUGCGAUUUAGCGAGUUGUUACAAUUUCUUGGUGUCCCUAGAUUGUUAAACUGAGAUGGUGUAACGGUAGCUAAGAUGGGGAGGGCUGUCUGGGAUAAGGCGCUGCGUUCCGAUCCACAAAACAAUUACUACGGGCUAGUUUUAUCACACCUGAAUUACUGCCCAGUUAUAUCUUAAAGUGCCACAAAGGACAGGCAAAUUAGUUGGGCAAGUACUGCCGCCCCUUAAAGGGGUACUUCAGUCUUUAUUUUUAAUGAUGCCUUUUAUUUACUUCUCCAGUCUGACCUCAUGGAUAUCAGUUUGGUCUGCAUCCAGUUUGAAGGAAGUAGCCAGCUAUUGCUUAUAGCGUUAGCAGAUACCAUAGACAUCUUCAUUUCGCUAACGCUGACAAUUGUGCCAGUUAGCCACUUCAUUUCAAACUAGAUGCAGAGACAUAAAUGGUAUUGAGGUCAUCUGACUCUGGAAGUAGACAACAGAGCCCAGUUGUCAAAAGCCUACAGUUACAAUGUACUCAUCGCCCCUCCCUCUGCUUGCCCUACCUAUAAACUCCCGAGUGGUGCACCUGUCUUAAGGUGCUGGAGACCUCACUACAGACACCCUGGUUUGAAUCUAGGCUGUAUCACAACCGGCCGUGAUCGGAAAUCCCUUAGGGCGUCGUCCGGGUUUGGCCUGUGUGGGCCGUCAUUGUAAAUAAGAAUUUGUUCUUAAGGGACUUCCCUACUUCAUUAAAAAAAUACGUAUUUAAGUGUACCCUACAACUGGUGUCGGCAACAGUAUGGUUGAUCUCCAGUGUGGAGACUGGUGUUCAGUUGUAAUAUUUUUAUGAUGUCAAUAAAGUUUUAUAACAUUU